AUGAGCAGAGUUUACAUUGGCAAUCUUUCUUCUCGUGCUGACGAACGUGAUAUUGAAGAUUUCUUUAGAGGGUUUGGACGAAUUCGUGCUGUUAUGCUUAAAAAUGGCUUUGGUUUUGUGGAUUUUGAUGAUUCUCGAGAUGCGGAGGAUGCUGUUUACGAACAAAACGGUCGUGAGCUUUGUGGGGAACGUGUCGUUGUUGAAAUUUCUCGUCGAGAACGUCCUGGUGAAAGUGGUGGUGAUUAUCACAGUAGUAGUGGUGGCGGAGGAUACAGAGGUAGCGGAGGUGGAUACCGUGGUGGCGGAGGAUAUCGUGGUGGCGGGGGCUAUCGCGGAGGGGGUGGAUAUCGUGGUGGCGGCUACCGAGGUGGAGGAGCUUUACAUCGUUUCAGCGCUCGCUAUGGUCCACCUAUCCAAACACGUUAUCGGAUGCUUGUGUACAAUCUGUCUACUCGUUGCUCAUGGCAGGUUCGACAUUAUUUUUUAAUUAUGGCCACUCUAUUUGUAGCUUGUCCCAACUUGUUAUUUUUACUUAUAUUUUAG